AUGCUUGACUCAGGCUCUGAUCUGAACAUCGAUGAGAUCAAUCUUAUUGGCACAGGAAUUGAUAUCGUGGAUGAUCAGGUCAACCUUCUCAGAGGCCAGCCAAAACAGUCUCCUGUGGCCUUAACUGCUUUCAAGGAGCUGCUAAUCAAAAUUACUGGCUUACUGCGAGAGAGAAGGGAAGCUCGGGACUUAGCUGGACCUUCUUCUAAAGAUUCUGAGUGGGUCGAAGCGGUAUGGGAGAACUUCAACAGGGUGGUGUACGAGCGUGCUUCUGAAUCGGAAGACCCCGGCAGCAUAAAAGAUCUUUAUGACAAUUUGAUCAAUCAAUUUAUUGUGGAGGGCCAAGAGCGAUGCAUGAUCUCAAAAGGAUCUGACCCCAGACGGUCCCUAAAGGUCCUAAUAGUAGUGGAGGAACUCACACGGGGCUUAAUCAAGCUUCGUACUACUAGUAGCAGCACAAGGCCAUGA